AUGCAGCUGCUCUACCACUCCUUUUGGCUCUCCGCUACUGAGGCAGCAGACCUGCUGGAGAGGUUCCCACUCGAGAGCAGCGCCUGGAGUACGGCGCAUCCGGGCGGCAGGGCGGACGAAGGAGGUGCACGAAGAGUUCAGCAAUGGGGGUUUGCUUUCGACUAUGCGCUUUACGAGCUGGCCAAAGAGACGCCGGGCGUCGUUCCACUGACGCGUCGAGAUGCCAUGCCGAAGUGGUUGCAGGAGAUUGGCAACCGAGCUUUUGAGGCCCUGGGCUUUAAGAGCAAUCCCAGCCAGGUCAUCGUGAAUGAGUACCUCGAUGGACAAGGUAUUGGGGCGCACGCCGACCACCCGUGCUUCGGGCCAGAGAUCGCCAUCGUGUCUCUGGGGGACCCCAUGGUCAUGAGCUUCUCCAGGCGUCAGGAUAUCCCUACAACUUCAGGGCAAGAAGACCUCCCUGCAACUUUUGGGGGACCUUCCGAAAACUUCAGCGUUCCCUUGGUGCACGGCUCGCUUCUGGGCCUGUCCGAUGACCUGCGCUGGAACUGGUUGCACAGCAUAGCCCCCAACCAGCGUUUGCUGCGCAGAGUUUCUCUUACCUACCGUACCAUCCAGGACACGGCCCUACAAGCGAUGGGUGAGUCGACCCAGACCCCCGAAGGGAUCUAA